AUGGCAGACCCCGAUUUUACUCAGAAGUCGGAGGCGUUCUUGUCUUGGUUCAAGUCGCAGCCGGGGGCCACAUUUCGUGACGAUAUUGAGAUCUGCGACUUGAGAGAUGGCAAACGAGGCAGAGGCAUUGUUGCUACAGCCGAUAUCCCCCCAGAAACUGUGCUGUUCACGAUUCCUAGGAAAAGCGUCAUUUGCUCUAUUACAUCCCAACUGUCACAGGAGAUCCCACAAAUAGCUGAUAUAGACAGCAAUAUCGAUAGUGCUGAGGAUGAGAUCUUGAUAGAAAGAGGAUCAAUGAGCAGCGCAAAUCAAGACUCCUGGACGUCUCUGAUUUUGAUCAUGAUUUAUGAACAUCUUCGAGGGCCUGCAUCUAGGUGGAAGCCGUAUCUUGAUGUCCUUCCCACCGUUUUCAACACGCCCAUGUUCUGGUCUGAAAACGAGCUCAAAGAGUUACAAGCUAGCCCAGUCAUCGAGAAGAUUGGGAAAGAUAAUGCGACUGAAAUGAUCAGAUCUAAGAUUUUGCCGGUUAUUAAGCAAAACCCUCACGUCUUCUUCACUGAUGGUGCCGAAUACCUUGGCGACGACGCCCUCGAGCAGCUAGCGUACCGUAUGGGAAGCACGAUCAUGGCCUAUGCAUUUGAUCUCGAAAAGGAUGAUGAUGAAGGAGUUGAGGGUGAGGACGAGUGGGUUGAGGACCGGGAAGGCCAGAUCAUGAUGGGUAUGGUACCAAUGGCUGAUAUCCUGAAUGCCGAUGCUGAAUUCAAUGCUCAUGUCGACCACGGGGAAGAUUAUCUUACGGUCACUGCUAUACGGGCUAUCAGAAAAGGUGAAGAGGUCUUAAACUAUUAUGGGCCACUAGGCAACGGCGAACUUCUCACACGAUAUGGCUAUGUGACGUCGAAACACAAAAGCUACGACCUCAUCGAUCUAUCAUGGGACUCAAUACUUCAUAGUAUACGCCAAGAGCUCAGAUUCAACGAAAAAGAUUGGGAGAAAGUUAAGCAAAUGGUCGACGAGGAAGACUUCGAGGACUAUUUUGUGAUUGAUCACGGCGCGGACGAACCAGACGCCUCGGGACAGAUGAGCGCUUCAUCUCAUGGAGUCAAUCUUCCCGACGACCUAUGGGAUCAGAUCAAAUCUUUUUUGAAGAGUGUGAAGCAGAUUUUCCCAGAACUUGUGGCAGAUAAGAAGAAACGAGACGAAGUGAUGCUAGCACAGCAGAAGCCUCUGUUCCGCUCGGAACCCUGA